AUGGGAAACAAGAUCAUGGAGAGAGAAAAAAGAUUCUUUUAUUUCUGUGUUAUUUCAGCUUCAGUUAUUGGUAGCUACAUUGAAACAACGAUCUCCUGCUCGCCCUCAAACACUUCUCUAACAAACCUCACUUGGAGAUUCAACCAGAGUCAGACCAUCCUGACAAAGACUGGGUCUGACGGGAACCACACUGUCUCAGAGAGGUGGAAGCAGCAUGUAAAGGAUGUAUCAGAGUCAGGCAGCCUCACACUGCAGGACUUAUCUUCAGAUCAGGAGGGAACGUACACGUGUGAGCUCAGUGAUGCUGAGGAGACCAUAAUAACUCACAUCUUUGUGAGGAUAAAUGAGGGGAAUUCAUCGAGUACUAAGAGGAUCAUAGGAUGGGUGUUGGCAGUGGUUCUGGUUGGAGCAGGAGGAGCUGGUUUGGUGCUGUACUGUAUAAAGAAAAGAGGUCAACGAGAAAACAGUAGAAGAUCAACCUUUGAUGAAAACAUCUUGAAGUUAACUGCAGACGGACUGGAAGUUCAUCACCAUCCAUCAUAUGAAAACAUCAAAGUGGACAUCAAUAUAAGACAGGAAACAGCUGAUUGUUUGUCUGACAAAAGAAGGAGCUGAAAGAAGAAACAGAAGCACAGCACCAACGACUGCACCUGUGAUUCAACACAUGACGAGUGUCCUCCACCUGUGAAACCAUCUC